AUGCCUCCUCCCCCUCCUCCUCCACCGCCGCCGCCGCCUGGAGGACCAGGCGGCCCUCCUCCGCCCCCUCCACCAGGUCAACUUCCAAGCCGGCCAGCAAAAGGCGAAGUGAAAGACAGGGGCGCACUGCUAUCUGAUAUCCGUGGAGGCACUCGUUUAAAAAAGGCCGUCACGAAUGAUCGCUCUGCACCAAUCCUCGCGGGCUCAGGAGGCGGCUCGGCAGCUCCUCCGAUCGGAGGGGCGCCCCCGGUUCCUGGCAUCAAGCCGCCAUCUGGCCUCGCACCGCCCGUCCCAUCAGCGGCAAACCGGGUUCGAAGCAACAGCGAAGGAGUGACCAGCACCGAUGGUGCUGCAGAUUCUCCAGCCGCUUCUCAAUUAGCAGGCAUAUUUGCGGGUGGAAUGCCCAAGUUGCGCAGUCGCGGGGGUGUUGCUACCGGUGCCACUCGCGACUCUCCCUACAUGUCAGACUCGGAGAGCGCACGCCGCGCGCCUGCUGCUCCCGCCCCAAAGCCUCCAACGGCCCCCAGACCACCUGGAGCACGACCGCCUCCCCCUCCACCAUCAACAGAGUCAUCUACUCAGCCGAUCAACCCGUUGGCUGCCAGCCUCAAGAAGCCGCCGCCGCGCCCCGUCUCUACAACAACAUCCAAGACUGCGCCGCCGGAAGCUCCUCCUCCUCCACGCGCACCUCCUCCACCUCCGGCAUCACGGAAACCAUCUGCUCCUCCGCCGCCGCCUCCUUCUGCCAGCCCUGCUGCACCCCCACCACCGCCUCCAUCUGCUGCGCCGCGGGCACCUCCACCCUCCGGCGCUCCGCCUUCCAUUGCUGCACAGGCAGCCCGCUCGGCCCUGGGACACACCAGCAGUUCACCCGCGGCGCCGCCACCACCACCGCCAGCCUCUGCUCCGGCAGCACCACCUCCCCCUCCACCCACAUCGCCUCCUAUCGCACCUCCCAGCGAGCCUCCAGCCCGUCCAUCUCCUGUACCUGCUCGACCCGCCUCGCACGAACCACACGUAGCGUUGGAUCCCAGCGCCUACACCCUGGCCAACGGCGGCGGGUCUUCGCCGUCACCCGGUUCACGGAGCCCUUCAGUCCAUGUUCAUGGCAAUGUUCGUGUCGAAGAUAACCGGUUCAAAUUUCAGGGUGAAGGGCUACUCCCCAAGCCACGGCCGUUUGUUGGAGGACCUCGGCGGUAUCGAGCCGGGCGCGGCAGCAGUGUGCCGUUGGAUCUCAACGCGCUGAGCGGCUAA